GGGGAGGGCCUCAAAGCAGAGAGGAGGCGCAGCAGGCGCUGCAGGAGCUCAGCGCCGGCUCCGAAGCGAUGUCGCUGCCGCCACCUUCCCUCGGGCCGGGGCUGCGCCGCCCGGGCUGAGCCACAGCGCCAGCAGCUAGCCGAGUGGCCGCCGGACAAGAUCACAGCGCGGGAGGAUGGGCUGCGGCGGGAGCAGGGCUGAUGCCAUCGAGCCCCGUUACUACGAGAGCUGGACCCGGGAGACAGAGUCCACCUGGCUCACUUACACCGACUCGGACGCGCAGCCCAGUGCCGCUGGCCCCGACACUGGCCCCGAGGCCGGCGGCCUGCACGCGGGUGUGCUGGAAGAUGGACUGUCCUCUAAUGGUGUUCCCCGACCUACAGCCCCAGGUGGAAUAUCCAACCAAGAGAAGAUGAACUGUGGGACCCAGUGCCAGAAUUCCCAGAGCCUCAGCUCAGGCCCUUUGACCCAGAAACAGAAUGGCCUUUGGACCACAGAGGCUAAAAGAGAUACCAAGAGGAUGUCUGCAAAAGAAGUCACCAUUAACGUUACAGACAGCAUCCGACAGAUGGACAGAAGUAAAAGAAUCACAAAGAACUGUGUCAAUUAGCAGAAUGUCCUCUGAGUAGAAGAGCCGAGGGACUUCUGAAGUGCCCUUCAUGGUACUGGAUCUCAUCAAGCAACCUUGAAGAAGGGAGCCCCAUUUGCUGUAUGUGGACAUUGCUGAAAGAGAUGGUUUUACCCGGCUGCAAAAAACAACAACAACAAAAAAACUACCUGAGCUGUUGGGACUUUCUCAGCCUCCUGUUUGUCACAUAAAGUGAUUGUAUUGAACAGCCCUUGAAUCUUUUAAUAAGUUGCCAAAUAUAUGGUUAGGUUUGGCUCUUUGCACUCCCUGUAAUAGGCUCUGGUGUAGAAGUGGAAAGACAAAGCCACAGGUUGGUUUAUCCAACAGUUCAGUAGGAGGAAUGGAUUUCCUGGGUGAGAGAUUUACAUACCAGUGCCAAGCUCUCUUGGCUUUGGCAGUGAACAGUUUCAGGCAAGUUUUUUUGUUUUUAUUUUAAAUAGUGUCAUAAUAAAACAUACUGUUUUCACUUAAAAGCUGGCUUUCACCCAGCUCCCAACCCAAAUAUAUCAGAACCUGAGAAACAGGAAAACUCUGUUAUUCUUGUUUCCUUAGCUCAGAUUAGAUCCAGUUUCAUAGACACUAACUCCCCUGGAGUAUCUUUGGAAGGUCUCUGACAUGGUCAGACGUGUUUUCAUUGGCCUGAAAGGUCCUAAGCUGGUGUCCAUAUGUUGGCCUCUGAACUGUAAAUGACAUGAUCCUUGUGACCUAUGCAUCCAACUUGGGACACCUCCCCCACAAGGACUCAGCCCAACAUUGCAUUUUUUUCUUAGCUUUCUGGUUCCCUUUCCUUCUCGAAGAUUUUUUUUUUCCCCUCUCCAUUUGGGUCAUUUGCAAUUUUAAUCAAAGACUGGACACUGCUCACAGGAGGGAGGUCACCCAGGAACAUGCGGCGGCACACAUGGCUUCCCUUUGGCCUCUCUGUGCACAGCCCCAGGACUCGAUCAUCUUGGUAUCUGCAAAGUAAUUACUUUAGAAAACCAGUACCUGGUUGAUGUGUAUUCACAUUGACAUUAGACGGAUAAGCACUGUGUUAGAAUAGGAAACUAACACAGUGAAAUGAGAUUUUGAUAGGAAUAAUUUUCUAGCACUUUUUAAAAAUAUGUUCAGCUUGACAUUUUCCUUUGAAAUAAUGUAGCAUGAUUUUUAAAGGAUUAUUGACAUGACUAAGAUUGGAAAAGGUAGGGUUAAAGUUGUACCAAACUAUACCAAUAAACCACAUUUAGCAGAAAUAGGCAGCCUGAUGGUGUGUUUAUGUAACAUAGUUCAGAAAACUAACAUAAGCAGGCUAAAAUUCAGAUUCUCAACCACUCAUCUGCUAUUAGUACUCAAACACAAGUAGCUUUAUUUGUUCAUCAUUUCAUUUACAGAAGACACAUUUAGUAAUUGAACAUUAAAUGCCAAACCUGUGCCAGCUAGUAUGCAGAUGUUGAGGGAUUUGCUGUUCAGCCAAUUACAACUGCACAUGCUGAAUCCAAUAGCAAACUUAAUUAGGAGACUGACUUUAGGGUCUAAGGUAUAUUGUAUGCUGUGAGUGGCUCUGCAGUGGAAUCUCGCUUUUAUGCCAAGGGUAGAUUUAUGUCAAACUACCCGAUCACUGUAUAAGCCUUUACCAUAUACAAAAAUCACACUUUCUAAACCUUUGUCAUUUUGAUUCCUUGUUAAAGGGCUUUUUGGGAACUUUAUGUUCUGAAAUUUUUACAAACAAGUAAAAUGUGUGACUUCUAUGUGUGCAGUGGCAUCACUCAACAGGCACCCCCAACUGUGAGGUUGGCAAUAGUCUCAUAAAUUCAAGGGCUUGUCCCUCCAGGGUAUGUGUGCUGUCUAGUUACUGUACUAUGGGCUAUGGCUAAGCCCAGCUUCUCUUUAUAACCUUAUUCCUCUCAGUUCACUGGGUCUUCUGUGAGUAUAGGUAUCUGUGUAUAGAAAUGCUUUCUCACUUCUGGGGGAGAAGGGCAUAGAGAGCAUGUGAUCUGGUCCUCCGCCGAACAAUCUGGAUUCCACUGGGGUGGUGGCCAGAAGCUAAACCAUGGCACUGAAAAUUCAUCUUUUUUCAUGUGUGUUUAAGACAGGAGCUGAUUCUUACUAUCUAUCCUACUGGGUUAAUACUUUCCAUUGCAGAGUUUGUGCCAAUAAAGUCCUUAAUUUCAAAUAUA